UCAAAUACCUCGCCAUGCCGUCAGAUCUCUCAAAUUACAUUGCAUCAAGAUACCUCGUCGCCGAUCCCAAACCCUCCAAGAAGCGCAAGCGCAAGGACAAGCAAGCACCCUCCGGCCUCUUAAUCACCGACGACGACGACGACUCAGCCUGGAGAAAAGGCGCCACGCAAGACGACGCAGACGAAGACGGGCCCCUGACCGUUGCAGGAGUCACAGCCGAGCUGCGGAAGCUGAAAAAGAGCAAUUGGAAAACGGUGUCGGAAGGCGGAAAGGCGUCUCAGCGUCAAGACGACAGCGCCGCCGCGGCUGCUGCGGAUGCCAUCAUCGCGUCGGCUGCUGCUGAAAAUGAAGCCGCGAGGGCUGCGGACGAUGAGUUGCCGGUCGUUGAAGCGGGAGGCGAGGGCGUGGUGAAGAUGAGUGACGGGACGCAUGCCGGGUUGCAGAGCGCUGCGGCCGUCUCUGCACAGCUGAGGCGGCGGCAGCAGGAAGAACGCGAAGAGUUUGAGCGCCACAGAAAGAAUGCCAAAGAAGAAGAGACGGUGUACCGAGACGCCACGGGUCGACGAAUCGACAUAUCUAUGAAGAGAGCUGAAGCAAGACGCCUAGCCGCCGAGGCCGAGGAAAAGGAGAGGCUCGCCAAGGAGUCGCUCAAGGGCGAGGUCCAGCAGGAGAACGCGAGGCGGCGCAGGGAAGACCUGGAGAACGCCAAGCUCAUGCCUUUGGCGCGCAAGGCCGACGAUGAAGAGAUGAACAGAGAGCUCAAGGACCAGCAGAGGUGGAACGACCCCAUGAUGCAGUUCCUCGCUGACAAGGACACGGGUCGUGGAAGCAAGGGCUCGAAGCGCCGGCCCGUCUACGCGGGGAGUGCGCCUCCUAAUCGCUAUGGCAUCAAGCCUGGGUACCGAUGGGACGGUGUGGACAGAGGCAAUGGACAUGAAGCAGAGCGGUUCAAGGCCAUCAAUCGGCGAGAGCGCAACAAAGGGCUGGAUUAUGCAUGGCAAAUGGAUGAAUGAG